AUGGCUCACCCAGCGACUUCUGCCAUUACCAUGGCCUUUGCUUCUCCAUCCUACUCUGGCGGCAUGGCCAAACACUCGACCGUCAGCAACCUCUCCGCCGCUGUUGCCAAACACGGUAUCGGAAUGCCACUUACACCCCCUAACUCCGUAUCUCCGGGCUUGCCUGCACAGGCUGCCGCUGGUAUGCGUUCGCCGCCUCCGAUUCACAUCGAUGGCGAGGGCAACUCUCGCCCCUCUCUCCCUCUUAGCAAGGGCGCUCUGUCGGGUCUGGAUGCCUCGCAGUCCAUUACCGCAUCCAUGCUCGCGAAGGACCACUUGCCAGGCAUCAUGCUUGGACACGGUCCUAUCGCCAUCAGACACGUCAUGGCCUGCCUGACGCAGUCGGUUCCUGGCUUCUCGCGUAUACCACCAGCCAAAGCUCGUAGACUGGUCGUCGCAGCCCUCGAGAAUCGAGCAGGCGGAGGUGCCGACGGCAGCGUUGUGUUUGAAAAGGUGGGAUGGGGCAGAUGGGACGCACACACGAGGGGCGAACGCCCUGACCUGAGCUCAAGCUACCGAGACGGAAAGUUGUCUCCGCCACCUAGCGAGCCUGAGAGUUGUGCUGCUUCGUACACCGAGUCCGGUUUCCCUGGCUCGUACAAGCCUCGCGACAGCCAGCAGCUCAACAGCUGGGCAGAGUCCUCGAUGGCGUCUCACUAUGACGACCACCUGGAGAACAUGAGCAUGGAAGAGAACGAGGCGGACAAAAUGUCACUCGACGGCUCCUCUUCCGCCAUGUCAGAGGAUGAUUCCGCCAUGUCGGACAGUGAAGGUGACGAGACUGAGGAAGAGGACUGGGCUGGAAUGGGAGCAGAUGCUUUACGCAAGGCCUCUAUGUCGACGACGGCCUCUCCCGGAGCCAGAAAGAACUACAAUCUCAUCAGUAUUCCUGGCUCUCUGCACGACGCACGAACUCCGUCUGUGUAUGGAAGUGCCGGUGGCGCCAGGUCGUCCUUCCUCGCAAGAUCGACACCACAGUUUGCCAGAAGGCCAUCGGCAAUGAGCUAUACCCAGCACAAGAGUAGUGUCAGCCAGAGACCCCCUAGCCAUGACACUACACCGAUGGAGAUCGAUCACACUGUCCAGGAAAGAGAAGCCAUCGAGGCUCUUCUGCGCAUGGGCUCGGUAUAG